AUGGAGGCGGGCGGCGCGUGCAUCCCCUACUCGCGUCGCCCCGAGUGGGCCGACAUUGAGCCGCUGCCGCCGCCGCCGGGCGACGCCGGAAAGGUGGUGUCGAUCCAUUAUGCGGAGCGGCACGCGGAGGCGCUGGGCUACUUCCGGGCGAUAUUGGCAAAGGGUGAGAAGACCGCGCGCGCCCUCGACCUGACGCGCCAGCUCAUCAGCUUCAACGGCGCCGACUACACCGCGUGGCAGUGGCGCUGGCAGUGCGUCGAGGCGCUCGGGGCGGACGUGGAAGAGGAGAUGGCGCUGACAGA